UUCACUGCGUUUUACUUAACCUUGUGCAGCUUUUUUGGCCGUUUCGGCUUGAUUUUUCUGCACUUUGAGCCAUGUCCGGGCGCGGAAAGCAGGGCGGGAAGGCGCGCGCCAAGGCCAAGUCGCGCUCGUCGCGGGCCGGGCUGCAGUUCCCCGUGGGCCGCGUGCACCGGCUGCUGCGCAAGGGCAACUACGCGGAGCGCGUGGGCGCCGGCGCCCCGGUGUACCUGGCGGCCGUGCUGGAGUACCUGACGGCCGAGAUCCUGGAGCUGGCGGGCAACGCGGCCCGCGACAACAAGAAGACGCGCAUCAUCCCCCGCCACCUGCAGCUCGCCAUCCGCAACGACGAGGAGCUCAACAAGCUGCUGGGCAAGGUGACGAUCGCGCAGGGCGGCGUGCUGCCCAACAUCCAGGCCGUGCUGCUGCCCAAGAAGACCGACAGCCACAAGGCUAAAGCCAAGUAAAACUCUUCUGACAAACAACCCAAAGGCUCUUUUCAGAGCCACCCACAUCUUCCUAGAAAGAGCAGGAACGCUUGGUCCUAUUGAUACAUGCUGUAUAAAUAUACUUGGAAACUUGAAUUCUGUUGGGGGUGUGUCUAAAAUGUUACAUAUAUUCUGCCUUGCUGAUCUGAAGCUUCCUGCCUUAUUUUUUUUUCCUAGAAGAUAAAGUUCUUAUCUAAAUGUGCGUCAGUUCUCCUGUUCUUAAAAGAGAUCAAUAAAGGAUAGCGGUUGUGGCUGAUAAAAUCGGUCACCGCGGUAUGGUUUGAGAA